AUGUCCUGCUACGAUCUGUGCCGCCCCUGUGGCCCGACCCCCCUGGCCAACAGCUGCAACGAGCCCUGUGUGCGCCAGUGCCAGGACUCCCGCGUGGUGAUCCAGCCCUCUCCCGUGGUGGUCACCCUGCCCGGACCCAUCCUCAGCUCCUUCCCCCAGAACACCGCUGUGGGCUCCAGCACCUCCGCUGCUGUUGGCAGCAUCCUGAGUGAGGAAGGAGUGCCCAUCUCC